AUGGAUCGGCUCAACGCUAUCAUCUUCUCUAUUGUCGUGUUUGCAACAGUAUCCAUCAAAUGGAUCAAACGGGGUCAUCCAAAGGCUCCGCUCCCACCUUCCCCAAAAUCGUAUCCUUUUUUGGGGAACAUACCGGUUAUACUAGCAAGGGACGAGCAUGUUGCUUACCGAAAUUGGUCUCGUGAACUAAAUAACGAUGUUAUCUGUAUAAAAGUUCCAGGUGCAAAAUUGAUUGUUAUCAACUCUGCUCGCGCAGCGCUGGAUCUUCUGGAGAAAAGCUCGGACAAGCUUUUGAGUCGACCAAGGAUUUCAGUAAUAGAUACUGAGUUCUUUGAUUUGACCCGUCUACUUGCCUUAUUGCGCUAUGGUGAACGCUGGAAGCAAUCGCGUCGACUGAUGAACCUUUCAUUUCGAAAAAGUGCGGUCCCCGUAUAUUUUAGGGUACAGACAAAGCACGCACGCCAGGCAGCCAUAAUGAUACUUGAGCGGCCGGAUGACUACAUCGUGACAUGUGUAUAUGGUUAUGAAGUCGCCUCGUCCAACGACGAGAUACUUCAAUUGGCUGAGAAUGCGUCUGUUCAUCUUGGCAAGGCACUUGCACCCUUUAAUUUCCUUGUCAACAUAAUUCCAUGGCUGAGACGAGUUCCCUCUUGGUUUCCCGGUACAGGUUGGAAGCAAACCACUAGAGAAUGGAGUCAGGAGUUUGUUCGGACUAUUAGUCUGCCUUAUGAGCAUACAGUUGCCCAGAUGGCCAUAGGCGAUGCUACGUAUUCCGCUCUAAGCCAGAUUCUGCGAUCUUUUCCGAAUCAAGGAGUCACAGAAGAGCAGAAGGAAUUGGCAAUGUGGACGGCAGGGUCUGUGUUUACAGCCGCAGUAGACUCGUUACAUGCAACCCUUCAAGUUAUAAUUCUGCUCAUGACAGUACAUCGAGAUGCCCAAGCCAAGGCUCAAAGAGAAAUCGAUAGCGUAACCGAGGGCAGGCGUCUACCCGAGAUGGGUGACCUGCAAGAUAUGCUAUAUACGCGUAGCCUCGUACUUGAAGCUCUCAGAUGGAUGCCAAUAACCCCAUUGGGUAUACCGCGUAUCUGCGAAGAUGAUGUUCAAUAUAACGGAUAUACUAUACCGAAAGGUGCAUUAGUGUUCGGUAACAUUUGGGCGAUAAACCGAGACGAAGAGAAAUAUCAAGAUCCCGAGGCUUUUCUACCUGAACGUUUUAUGGAUCCAAGCACCCCCGAGCCAGUAACCUUUGGAUUCGGCCGCAGAAUAUGCCCCGGAAUACAUUUCGCACACUCUUCAUUAUUCAUAAACGUCGCUACAAUUUUAUCGAUCUUUGAUAUCCACCCAGUACAGGAUGAACAAGGAAGAGACAUAGUACCGCAGAUUGGAUUGGUCAUGGGCACUUUAGCAAUGAACCCAAUCCCAUUCAAGUGCACGAUCACCCCUCGCUCGGACAUGCAUCGUCGGCUACUCGAUGAGGAAAUUUAA